CCUUUUUUCGCGCGCGCCGAGAAUUUCCCUGUGACAGAUCCGACAGAUCUCCACCCGGUCUGCUGCGACGAUGCAUUCACGUGAGAUGCUGAAGCAGUUUGAGGAGCUGAGUGAGGAGGCCACCGCAGCAGGGAAGAGGACCCGGUGGCACGUGGAGAAACAGAUGAAGCUCGACGGGAGAGAUGUGGUCAAUGAGAGAGUGUAAGUCACGCGGAACAGGAAGCAACGGUCUGAGCUCUGUGGCCAUGCAGGAAGAGGAAAGGCGUUUUCCCUUUUGCGUCGCCUGACAACGCCGACACAGGCACUCAGGGUUCGGGUACGCAUUACUCAGAGGUUCAGAUCAUUUGGCGGCCCUUUGAGUGUGUGUGUGUUUGUAUGUGUGUGCGCCUCAGGCGACCGGCUGCAUCAGCAUGUGGUUCAAGUGGGGAUGGCAUUACGUGAGAAGCCGCGUGCGGAGCAACGAGACCUCAUCCACCAGAUCUGCGCCUACCUGACCGACCCUUCGACUCCACGACCAAAACUCACGCAGGCAGCCGUUGACCUCGGCCUGAUCGUCUUCUCCCACACCUGCGACAACAUCGUGGACGAGCUGUUUGACCAGCUGGCCAGUGCGGGGCUGGUGCACCAAUUCCUCAGCACGGUCCUGGCUCUCCUCCCACACCCACCGCACGGCGGCCAGCCCGACAUCAACUGGUCAAUCAGCUUCUUCACCAUUUGCUGGCUGGCGCAGGAGGCGCUGGGGAAGUGGCAUAGCGUGCCAGGCCUCCACGCCCACCUGCUGACCCACAACCGCGACGCCCUGGACCUCAUCGAAGGGGUUGUUGCCGGCAGGUCGGUCAGUCCAGCCAGAGAUGACACACGCCAUAGCCAGCAGCGAGGCGCCUUUGUUCCCGCACUGGUUGUUCCGUUCUGCCUUGCUUGCAGUGAUGAAGACAGGGUGCGCAACGCCGCGGUGGUGGUCGUGGAUGAGUUUGUGUGCGCCCAGGAGCCGGCUGCCGGUCUGGUGUCGCUGCAACUGUCGGGCUUCUACGACUCCCAACAGGGCUUGUUCGACGAGGUGGACGAGCUCCUGGAGAAGGGGAAGAAUCCCUGCUCGGUGGGUCUGCCCGGCAUGCUCCAACGCCACUUCGACACGGUGGAGCCGUACAUGCGGAAAGUGCUCGACACAGGUGCGUGUCUUGAGCCGCAUCGCGCACUCAUGUGCCUCCGUCCGUGUGUCUGUGAAAGGGGACUGGGCUGGCUGUGUGUCAUGUAGAGCCGGUUGGCGAGUCCGUCCCUGCGGUGCUGUGUGCCAUCCAGAGGCACUGCUUCCCCCACGUGGGUCGCCGCGCCGACAUGGUGCUGUCCAGCAGCGAGACGGCCGCCCGCAAGUGGGCUGCGUGCAUGACGCUGGGAUGCAUCAGCCACUACGUCAUGCUGGUGAUCAGAUCGGCGCCUCCAGGUAGGUACCCACCUGACAACAAAUUCGGCAGGCACAAUUGCGCCUUGUUGUGCUUUCGUACGUGCAGAUGUGCAAAAGAGUGUGCUCGAGGCCUGCCGCCCCUUCCUGAAGGUGGUCACGCAGCCGACCUUCCUCAAGGCUGUGCUGGGCGCCCUCAGCAGCGGCCGUGGCGGCAGAUUGGGCUACGACCAGCCUCUGCAGAUCACUUUGGUCAUCAUGACUCCUGGGCUCGCUGCUUGUGUUGGUAAGAAGGGGGUCGAUGGCACUUAGCUGCUCGCCCGUCCCUCUGUCUGUCCGUUUACCGCAGGCCGUCUUGGUCUGCUCGUCGACGUGGGUCUUCCAGCAGCAUUGGUGUCCCUCAUGACCGACGACGGCCUCAUGCGAGAACCGCACGGCCCCCUCCUGGCGGACUAUUUGAUGCGCAGCACCGCAUCAGUACUCGUGCGGGCCUCAGUGAAUGUGAGCAGCCGCAACUGCACGUUCGUGUGACGGACAGCUAAGGCGAGAACCUGUCCUCUUGUCGUUGGUUUGCCUCCCAGGUUGCUGCUGACGAGGGUUUGGCGACUGCCAUGUGCCGGAUGCUGUUCGGGCUGCUGAAGGGCCGCCGUGACGAGGGUGCUGCCGCGGUAGGGGAAGACCUGGCCGAUAUGGUGUGUGAGACUCUGGAGGCCCUCGUCAAGUCAGUAGAUGAAUGAGCAGUGAUUGAUUGAUCACCAUAGCACCAUUGGGAUGGCUGUUGGGUGGGUGCGUCACCUACAGAUACGGCGACGAGGUGAUGGAGCGCAGAGGCGAGAUGCAAAACCGCAUCGCAACACAAAUACUCCAGGUGUGUAUCUCUCGGCCGCAUCAACGUUGAUGCACACUGGUACCUGCUUCUCUGUGUGUGUGCAGCUGGAAUCCGUCAAGACCAUGAUGGCUGCAGCGGGACGCAGAGGCAGCAAAGGCGCCAAGCCACGCAACGUGCCCAAGAAGGUCACACACACACGGAACAUACAGAUGCUUACCUGACUGACUGGUGCUGAUCUCCGAUGGUGUGACUCUGCUUUUCUCCAGAUUUUAGACUUGUUUCAUCGCAUCGAGAAAGCCGAGACCGAGCGCUAUGAGAAAGCUAUCGAGGCCGAGUUCGACGACACCCCUUCGACCGCCCCGACCCCAGCCACCACCACCACCACCGCUAAGAAGAACAAGAAGGCCGGCAGCAAGAAGAAGAAGGGCAAGGGCAACAGAGGCGGGGCCACGGGCGGUGCGUCGGGUCCGUCGUCACUCACACCUGUCGACCACGAUGGGUAGGCUGGGAGGCACGCAGCCAGCCGGCACAGUGACCAAACUUAGUGCUUGGCGUGUGGCGAUAUGUGGCUUGUCUGGCCAGUUCUGAUGUGUCUGAUGACGGGGGCAGCGUGCUGGCGAAGAAGGGGUCGGAAGACGAGCAGCCGGCAAAGUCGACACCCACAAGUGCGCCAUCCAACGACGGGUACACAGAGGAAGACACACACGACGUGAUACGACGCGUUGCAAUGCCCUCGAUUGCCUUCGCUGUCUGCGUGUCCUUCAUCCAGGCAGCCAAGCGUGAGUGUGCCGUCGAGUGUCCUGUCCGGUGAGGUCAUCGCUGACGACCACUUCAUCCCCGUCACACACAAGAAGAAGAAGACCGGCAAGACCAAUCCAUCGGCCACGCCCAACCAACAGCCGCAGCAGCAGCUCUUCCCUCCCAGUGGCCCUUCGUCGUCCUUCAGCCGUCCCUCCCCACUCGCGGCAAACACGCCGCCAUACAAACAUGAUGCUGCCACGUACGACAUGACAUGGCAUGCACACACAGCACCUGAGAUUCCACACCGUCAUUAUGCUUCUCACUCUGUCAGGUCUGUGUUCGGGUCGAAGGGUGUGCUCGUUUCAUAUCCAUUCGGUGGCGGUGAUGGCCAUGAGGGAGGGGCCAGUGCGUCGCCGGCCAGCGCGUCGCUGUCUGACAUAAUGACGACGGCCACAUCGACCAGACAGCACAGGUGAGAAGGGCAGCAGGACAACAGAGCUGCGCACACUCAUCUUCCUCGCCGUGUGUCUGCCUUUGAUUGAUAUCAGUCGUGUGCCGUCGUUCGACACUCUGCCGUCCCGCCCCACUCCCAAGCCGUUCCCCCCUUGGCUUCCCACCCAUGACGGCCUCCACGACAAUCACCAUCACAUGAUCCCCCUGCCGCCCCGGCCACCGUACCCCCCACUCCCGCCCCCACCUCGCCACACACACGACGACAAUUGCCCUCAGACAGCCUCUCCUGCAGCUGCUGCUGCAUUGUCGUCGGCGGCCGGUCCAAUCUAUGGCAGUGACUUGUCGGCUGCAGGGGCGUUCUCCGCUGCAGCUGAUGGUGACGUCGGCUCGCCCCUCCCGCCCCCGAUGUUUCUAAUGUUCGAGUCCGACGAGAACGACACGGCAGCACCACCACAGAUGCAGACACACCCAGCCGGCGACAGCGACAUCAGCAGUGGGGGCGCCUAUCAGGCCGACAGGUGAGGAGAGGGAGAGGGACCAACGAAGGAGGACACGUGAAGAACCGUCCGCUCUGUCACGUGAUUGAUUUCCGUCAGUGGGUCGAGCUCGUUCCGUGACCUUCAGCUGCAAGUGAAGCGUCAGCAGCGGGAGAUGGAGGCAAUGCGGCAGCGACAGGAACACGAAAUGGACGAAAUGCGACAAAGGUAGGCUCAUGCUCGGACAAGGUGGAUGAGACGUCAUGUGUCUACUUAGUCUCUUGAUUGGUGUGCUGUCAGGUUGGCUGCCCUAAGUGCGGGCCACCACCAGCAGCAGCAGCAUACCUCGUCCAGCAGCUCGUCAGCCCGUCCCCCACCGCUACCCACACUCCCACCCACACAGCACCAGCACCAGCGCCAGCAGCACCAGCACCGGGGUGGCGAGUGCAGCGUGUGCAUGGACGCGCCUGCGUCGGUGGUGUACAUGCCCUGCCGACACCUUCGGGUGUGCCCGAAGUGCUACGACGACAACAAGGCCAGGGUGGCGCGCGAACUCACCAGGGUGAGGGCCGAGAACGACAGACGCAAACAGGAGAAUGAGGACCGCAUAAGGCAGAACAAGAGCCGAAAGAGGGACAAGCAGCUGCCGAUGGUGAAGCUGCUGGACGAGCCCCAUUACGUGUGUGAGCACUGCAACGGCACGGUGGAGUUCGGCGGGUCGGUGGAGGAGGCCCUGCAGUGGGUAGCCAACAACCUUCUCAAGUGACAGACAAACAGACAGUCGAG